AUGCUGCUCCUAGACAGGUCCCACAGAAUACCAAAACCGCGGUUCCUGACAAUAGGCACCGCGUGAUGUCCUGGUGAGAUUACAUUAUUUUCACAUUAAAGAAGACCUAAUGAGAGCCAGCAGACAGCGCCCUAACCUACCAAACCAAUAUCAGGGGACAGCCAUAUAUGCAGACAUAUCUGCAGCCACCCUGAAAAGCAUGAAAUCAUACUCGGGAAUCACUGAACAACUGCGCUUCCACAAGAAACCAUACAGGUGGGGAUUCCUGGUCAAGCUGCUCGUUAUGCACGAAGGAAAGACCACAGCCAUCACAUCUCCAGAGGCCGGACUACAGGCCCUCAAAGCUUCCACCAACGACCACAAACCCCACAGCACACCGAGACAGACUCACACCCUCGUGAAAGAGGGUCGCAAAGAAAUGAGCAACGGAACACAAGCAGGCUGCAAGACGUGGCAAGUAAAGCGAUUAAGACAUUGGGACUGAACUCACAAUUGGGGGUUCCACGAACCCCGGGGGCCAGGGGUCCAGCCAAAUCCCAACUCUCAACCCGCAGAUGGCAACGAUGCAUCAAAGAAACCCAGGGCACUCCCAAAACUGUCACCCAUAG